UAGUACAAACAAUGAGGUAAAUGGUUUUCCUCAACUUAUUCCCAUUCAUAACAGUUUAAACAGGAAGAGCAGGGUAUAUCAUGCUCAUCUUUGCUCCAGUGAUAUUGGUAUUCAUCUCAACAAGUGUAAUCGAAUCUCGUCGAUGUGCAUUUGACACAAGAUGUUAUUGCAGUUCUCUUCCUGGAUCAUCACUGUAUAAAGUCGAUUGUUCAAACCGUACAAUCAGAUAUAUUCCUGUCUUUCCAAAAAACGUAACGAGUAUAGAUUUAAGUUUCAAUAUGAUUAACAGAAUUCCUGACUUUCACUUUGCUGUAAAUGCGAUUCUACGUAACAUUUCAUUCUCUCAUAACCUUUUGAACCGCUUAGACAGUCAUACUUUUUCUGGUCCUUCCGAACUUAUCAGUAUAAAAGUAGACAAUAACAACAUUUCCAUGGUAUCAGCCGAAACAUUCCGAUUUCUGCCAAAACUUCGACACCUCGACCUGAAAAAUAACAAAUUUAAAUUUAAGAAUUUAAAUUUGACUUAUUUGUCCAAUCUUACAUCACUCAGAAUUGACUUCCUUAAUGCAUUUCAACUCCCAGCUGAACUCGCCAGUUUAAAAUCCCUAGACAUUUCUGGGGAAUCGGGGAGGUGUGAAAUCAAACUGUUGACUCCAGAUACAUUUAAAUAUUUAUCCGGACUAAAUGCCCUUAAAUUAUCUGCAUGUAAAAUCAACAAUAUUUACAAAGGAACUUUUAGCAAUAUGAAAAACCUAUUUGCUUUAGAUCUAUCGUUUAACACAUGUCUCAAGUUCAGUGGAUUUGUCAAUGUGACGUACGAUUUGCCACAUACAUCUAUUAAAAUUCUUAAGAUAAAUAAGAUUCAUAAAACUUUUGAAAUGAACACAAAACUUAUGAAAUCUCACGUUCGUUAUUUACGGUAUACAAAUAUAACAGAAUUGCAUGUGGAUAGUAACAGGAUUCAACAAGUAGAAAAAGGCGUGAUAUCAAUGCUUCCUCAUACAAUCCGAAAUUUGUAUAUGUCCGACAAUGUAUUUUCUUAUGGGAGUUACUUAACUGAGAUUUUCAUAAUGCCUGUUCAUUUUGCUAACAUUUCUUUUCUAUUUAACACCCACAAUCCUGAAAAAGAAGAGAUUUGUAAGCAUCAUGAUGAGGAACCAUCAGUCAAUCAGCGUCAACAACAUGACGAAGGAUUUAAUAUGUUCGAAAUUCGACCAUUCCAUCGUCUGGGAAAAGGACAAACAAAUUUUACGUUUAGUAAGUUGAACAGUGACAGUAAACUCGAAACUUUCCAAUCACGUGAUCAUCCGAAAUUUUUCCCGGUUCCUAGGCUUUUAAAAACACUGAUUUACCGCCAAUGUCAACUUCGAUAUGAAAUACCAAGUUUACGAUUUUCAGACAACACUUUAGAAUAUUUAGACGGUAGUUCUAAUAUUUUUUAUUCCUGGAAAGGACCUUUGUUAAAUUUGAAUCAUGUGCGAUUUCUUAAUUUAUCAAACAACUUGUGUUCAUACGUAUCUAAAGUAUUUUUCUAUAGUACACCAAAUCUACAAAUAAUGCAUGUAGACAAUAAUUUACUUGGUUUCGUCCUGCCUGAUGACGUUAAUGGAGAAAUAUUACAAAAUCUCCAUAAGCUAGAGGAGAUCAAUUUGGCAUACAAUAGAAUACCUAGCUUACCCUACAAGUUUUUCAAAUCACAAGCCUUGCUGAAAAAAAUAUCACUUUCUGGAAACAUGUUAGAUGAAAUUUCAUUCAAAAUUAGCCAUAUGAUACAUUUACGGCAUCUUGAUUUAUCGUACAACAGACUAUCGUCUAUAUCAAAAGACGUUCGGGAUCAUCUAGACAAGACAGUGCGUCCCAAUAUGAAGUUAGAAUUAGACCUAACGGGCAAUCCUUUCAAAUGCACGUGUGAAACCAUAGGAUUUGUAAAAUGGAUGUUUCAGACAGCCAUCAAGUUACAUAAUCAAAGAAAAUAUCAAUGUAAACUGUCAAAUGGAGAAAAGAUUUUCAUUCAAAACCCUUCUCGAUUGUAUGAAAAACUAAAAAAAGAAUGUUCAACUUUCACUUCCUUAAUUAUUGGAACAACAGUCGUGAUGUUGUUGCUUCUUGCAAUAAUUUCAUGGGCAAUAAUUUAUAGAUAUCGCUGGAAAUUAAGAUAUAUGUAUUACAUGGUGAAAAACAGGUAUCAUGGUCAACAACCAAUCACAUCUACGGAAAACGAAAGAAUAUAUACGUACGAUGCCUUCAUAUCAUAUGCUGACAAUGAUAGAUUCUUUGUCCAUGAAAAGUUUCUAAACAAGCUUGAGGAUGAAUCUGGAUUAAAACUCUGUCUGCAUAAAAGAGAUUUCCUACCAGGAAACGAUAUAGCUGCGAAUAUUACGAACGCUAUACACGAGAGUCGCAAAGUUGUUGUCAUUAUGUCACAACACUUUCUAAAGUCUUAUUGGUGUAUGUUUGAAUAUAACAUGGCCAGAAUAGAAAGCAUUUACUCCAGAAAUAAAGAAAACAUUUUAUUUCUUGUUUUCCUCGAGGAGUUGUCGUCUAAAGAUUUACCGCUUAUUGUGUUAGAGCUAGUGCAGUCACAGUCAUAUAUAGAGUAUCCACAUGAUGAAUACGGUAACGAGGUUUUCUGGACCAAAUUAACAGAAGUUUUGUCGUGACGUCAGUAUGAAUGUGUAUGAAAAGUAGUUAUAAUUUAUCAAAAUAGGACUAUUUGAAUGUGAACAUUAUAAAUAUUGAACUUGCGUUUCCACCUUAUGUCGUAAAAAGAAUAAGAUAGAAGGUCAUAGAAAAAGGCUGUAAUUACACACAGGAUCAGCAAUUAUUUUAAUGUUUGUAAACGAUGAAUAAAAUGAGACUGGUGAAUUCAUAUACCGCCUCAAAGUUCACUGUA